GCACGAAUGAAACGAAGCGUACACGUACGUGGUGUUGGUGGUUCUUGUGAUUGUGGUGCAGUUUUCUUCUUUGGCGUGCGCACACAUCCAAAUAAGAUCGCGGCCCCUACUCCCCGCUGUCCGUGCGUGCGUGUGGUUCGAUGGAAUAUAUCGCCCGGAUCGUGAAGCAAGUGCACCUCCACCGUCCGACGACAACGACGACCACGAAAACUCAGCAUCCCCUGGUAAACCAACUGUGCAACUGAGAGUAGAAGGAAUACCCCAUCGGAUCAGGCGAAUAGCAGCGAGUGGUCAGCAGACGGCCCAGCGAUGGGCGGACAGAAGUUUCAGUACGACGAGAGUGGAGGAACUUUCUUCUACUUCAUACUCUCAUUCCUGGCCCUGAUCCUGGUGCCGACCACCUUCUACUUUUGGCCACGCAAGAAAAAGGAAGACCCCACCACAAAGCAUGAACACUGUCAGUGUGCAGGAUGCGUGCGGAAGCGCAUCACGAUGGAACAUUCCGACCCGUACAAGGGCACCAAGGAGCUGCUGGUGAAGCUGUCGAUCGUGGCCGGCUGGGCGCUGCUAGCCUUUCUCACCUACAAGGUGUCCCAGUUCGACUACGAAAUGUCCAACUUUGAUCCGUACGAGAUACUGGGCGUCCCGCUAGGCUCGUCCCAGAAGGAGAUCAAGAAAGCGUACCGCACCCUCUCGGUCAUACUGCAUCCGGACAAGGAGACGGGUGACGAGAAAGCGUUCAUGAAGCUCACGAAAGCGUACCAAGCGCUGACGGACGAUGAGGCGCGCAAAAACUGGGAAAAGUACGGCAAUCCCGACGGCCCGGGUGCGACGUCGUUCGGCAUCGCGCUGCCGUCGUGGAUCGUUGAGAAGGAAAACUCGGUUUGGGUGUUGGGAUUGUACGGGUUGGUGUUUAUGGUGGCGCUACCGAUCGUGGUCGGCACGUGGUGGUACCGUUCGAUUCGUUACAGCGGCGACAAGGUGCUGCUCGAUACGACCAACAUGUACUGGUACUUCUUCCACAAAACGCCGCACAUGGCGGUGAAGCGCGUGAUUAUGAUACUGGCGGCGAGCUUUGAGUUUGAGAAGCGGCACAACAAUCAGGUGAUCGAGCGGCCGUCGGAUAAUGUGGAGGUUCCGGCACUGAUACGGGAGCUGCCGUACCUGAACGAGAAGUGCAAGGAGCUGCCGUUUGCGAGGAGCUACUCGCUGAAGGCACGUGCGAUACUGCAUGCGCAUUUGUCGCGCAUCCCGCUCAACCCGAACACGCUCGAGGUCGAUCGACAGCUGAUCGUGCGCAAGUGCCCGUACCUGAUACAGGAGAUGGUGAGCUGCGUUAGCCAUCUGAUUAUGUUGGCGUAUGCGCGAAAGAUCCAACGACUACCAUCGAUUGAAACGAUCGAAAACUGCAUGAAACUGUCGCCGAUGGUUAUACAGGGGCUGCGCGAAUCGGAACACCCGCUGAUGCAGCUGCCGCACAUGACGAAGGAGCUGCGCGCCCAGCUCGCCCGCAAGUACAACACGCGCAAUCUGCAGCAGCUGGCGCAGCUGAAGCCGGACACGCGCCGAGCGGCGCUGCGCAGCCUGAACGACGAGCAGUACCACAACGCGGUGAAGGUGCUGGGCCAGAUGCCGCUGAUCGACUUCAGCAUGAAGUGUGAGGUGGUGGACGAUGAAAAUUCGAACGUCGUAACGGCCGGUGCAAUCGUGACGGUGACGGUGGAGCUGGUGCGUCGCAGCAUGUCCGACCUGUUCGGUGACACCACCGCGAAGGAAAAGCAAGGAAUCACGGAAAGUAAUGAAAACGGUGACGGUGAUGGUGAUGCGGACGGGGAGCUGGAAGCCGGAACCGACGAUCAGAAGCCGGAAGGAAAGGUGAAAAAACAGUCCGGCUGGCAUCCGAAACCCUCCAAGGGGCAUAAGGGUAAGGCGAAGGCGGCCGUUAAACCCCACGCCCGGAAGCUGGCGGCGGCUGCAGCUGCUGCUGCCGCUGCUACGGCGGCUGCGGCUGCUGCUGCGGCGGCGGCGGCGACUGCAACGGCUAACCAGACCGCAGCUCAGUCGACCACAGCACCGGGUGAGAAAACAAAGUCUGGCAAGAGUAGUGAAAGGAAGGCGCAAGAAGGAGAUGAUGAAGACUCCGCCGACGGGGACAGUGGUGCGGAAAGUGACAAUGAUGCCAGCGAGGCGGCGGCCGAUGAUGAUGAUGAGUGGGAAAAGUUCCAGCAAAAGAUCAACAAGCGGGAAAAGCUGGAAGGACGAUCGAAGGUUUCCCAUCCCGUUCACUGUCCACUGUUUCCUGAGGAAAAGCAUGAAUACUGGUGGACGUACAUCUGCGACCGGAAGUCGCACACGCUCCUAACCGUGCCGUACCACGUCACGAACCUGAUCCACCGGGAGGAGGUGCAGCUGAAGUUUACCGCACCGAAGUGGGCCGGCAUGUACGUGUUUACCGUCUGCCUGCGGUCCGACUCGUACAUCGGCAUGGACCAGCAGCUCGAUCUGAAGCUGGACGUGAAGGAUCCGGCCGCCAUCCCGACCGAGCUGCCCCAGUGGGACAUCAGCGAGUCGGAAUCGGACCACAACGAGAUGCAGGCGAACGAUAGCGAAUUCACCACCGACUCAUCGGAUGGCGAGGAUGACGAGUCGCGUAGACGAACCGACUGAAGUGGCCGCAGCAGCAGCCGCAGCUCCUGAGCAACGGGAAUCGGGUAACGGGAGAGCUAAAUGCAGUUCAUAUUCCUUCAGUUCUUGUUGCUGCAUGGUCAGGGUGAGGGCGGAGAGUGUGCGACACCGGAAGACGCAAACACACAGGGCAUAAUACUAGCAGGAGACAGGCACAAGGGCACAGGGAAGAGUCGAGACAACAUUCAUCAAUGGUUUUUUUUGUGUUAGAAGAGACGUUAAAUUAGUUAAUUAAACCUGCUGAUCCCGCUCCACUAUCCUUUUUUCCUACUCCCAACCAGAAGAAACGUUUUAUGAUAGAAAAAAACUGAUAGUACACACACACAAUACAUCGACACAAAACACUCAUACUUUCAUCAAACACGCAUUAACUCUGUGCUUCAGCAGCUAAAAGCCCGUGUAAAAGAACCUAGAAAGAGGGAACUGAUUUAACAAAAACAAUAGACACGACUAAACAGCACCGUGUAUCGAACGGUGAAGGAUAAAAUAGAGGAAUUGGGAUGUGAGGUGUGUGAGGUUACAAGGUAGAAGGAGUAUUGGGAAGGAUAAGACGGGCGAAGAAGAUUGUUUAUAUUUGUGUUCCUGUGGAAUAACGGUACGGUGAAAUUAUGAGCACCUUCAUUGGGCAGUAUAAAGAAAAUGUCGAAAUGUAACAAACAAACAAAAACUGUGCAACAAAUAGUAAAACAUG